AUGUCAUAUUAUAAUAAUAAGCGCGAUAGAAGCAGCAACUAUUAUCGAGGACGAGGUAGCAACUAUCGAGAUUGUUCAAAUUAUCCCAGUUAUCAACCUAAUCUUACUAAAGAAGAAUAUGAUGUGAUGAAUAUUGGUUACUCUGAUCUAUUCAACAAAGAAUAUAGUUUUCCUCUAUUAAACACGUCAAAAGACGAAACUCUAAUAACUAAUAAGUUAUUUACUACUGAGCGAUGGUCUAUACCCGAAAUGAUGAAAUUAAAAGAUUCAAUUAAUGAAACACGUAAUCGUUUAAAUGAAAAAGAUAUUUCUGUAUGGCAUGUUCAUACUCGAAAAACAAAUAUGACUGGUCAGGUUGUGUUUACACUGCGUAAUAAUUAUAACAUUGAAAUGUGUACUAACGCAUGGAUUAAAAUGGCAGAACUACUUCACAAAUAUUCGCUAAUACCGCCUAAUCUAUUAAAUAAAUGCUUUCGUUCACUUCAUAUUUGUGAAGCACCUGGUGCCUUUAUUUGUGCUACGAAUCAUAAACUCCGUCAACUCUAUGGUAAUCGAGUUCAGUGGAAUUGGACAGGUCUGUCAUUGAAUCCUUACUACGAGGGAAAUGAUAAUUCUGCAAUGGUUGAUGACGAUCGAUUUAUUGUCGAAACAUAUAAAUCAUGGUAUUUCGGUGUAGAUGAUAGUGGAAAUAUUUUAAAACAAGAGAACAUUCAUAGUCUCUGGAAACAGCCUAAAGCUGCUCUAGUUACAGCCGAUGGUUCGGUCGAUACCUCAGGUGAUCCAAACGAACAGGAAUCAAUUGUCAGUGAGCUUCAUUAUGCAGAAGCAGUUACUGCACUGGGUGCUCUUGAAAAAGGUGGCGCAUUAGUGUUGAAAAUGUUCAAUGUUUUUGAGUGUGAAACAAUUUGUCUUCUUUAUAUAAUAUCUCUUUACUUCAAAGAACUAUUUGUUACUAAACCGGCUACAUCGAAAGCUGGUAAUGCUGAAACAUAUAUUGUUGCUCGUGGAUUUUGUGGUAUUUCAAACGAUAUACUCGAACAUCUAUUAUAUUUUGUCUCCCCCGCAUUUCCAGAAAAUAAGGCAAUAUUACCCCAAAACUCGAUACAACAAAGUUUUCUUGAUUCAAUGUACGAUUGUGCCAAAUAUUUUACUGAACGACAAAAACAGUCAAUCGAAAGAAAUUUAGCGCUCGAGCGAUUGUGGAAUUUUAAUGUACAGAAAGCCGUAGCUAAUCAAGUACGUCAAGUAACUAAUGAGUACAUCAGCAGAUAUGGUGUUAGACAAAUAGAUUCAAGGGAUCGAAUUGUAACAAAGAUAGAACUGGAUGGCUCAGCUAAAAAUCUCGGUAAUAGUGCUUCAUUAGCUCGAGGUGGACUAAAACAACGGACAGGCGGUACUCUGGAGGAUAGACGGAAUAAUAAAAGAGACAGGGAAGAAUUUUUGAGUGGACACCAGGAGUCAGAUACACAAAUAUCAAAGAAAAUUAAUUUGGGUCAAGACCGUAGUGUUGUUCCUGAACGAGAUGUAUCGUCAUCAUCCUUAGAAGUUUCGAGCUCAGUAACAUCAUCUGCCAGUGAUAUAUCUCUCGGUAUGAAACUGUUGAAAAAAGCUGGAUAUAAAGAAGGUCAUGGUUUGGGUGUAGCUGAACAGGGGCGAGUUACACCGAUUGAAGUGUCUCGACGUGAAGAUCUAGUAGGAUUAGGUCAUCAUAAAGGUAUCAUUGGUCGUGAAGAAGUAGAUGAUAGAAUGCCCACAAUACCUGAUGAACCAUUUUUUGAGAUGAACAAACGGCCACUAUAUGUUGCCAUAUAUCCUGAUUCUAAUCCUAUUGUCCCUAAUGCAAUAUUUCAAGGUGAUAAAAUUAAAUCUGUGAUAACCUCUCUAUUUGUUCGACCUGCGGAACUUGAAGCUUUGUAUAAAGCACGAGAAGAAACUCAUCGAGUUCUGAUUGAACCAGAUUUAUUCAAAGCAUAUUCGAAAGAGUUAUUCCUAAGUGAUUGUUUGGAGAAGAUUCCGUUCGUCGUGCAUUUCAAACAUCCAAAAGAAGCUUUACAAUUAUCAUCGUUGGAUAAACAAUUCAACCUUUUCCCACAAACAGCAUCACAAGAUCAGUUUCCCAUUAUUGUUAUUGCAGAUAAUCAAAGUGCAGAGGGUUUUAUUGAGUAUAUUUCAUGGCAGCAACAAAAUCUUAUUGAUGCACAUAUCUUCUCUCAUCUGCCAACGACAUCAUCAUCAUCCACCCAAAUCACUUAUCAUUCAGUUGAUAAUCAAUUGUUGAAGGUUGAGCAUUUAGUUCAAACAAAAGUUUCUCUUUUUAUUGGCGAAGUCUCAGUUUCGUCUGAUAUUAUCAUGAAAUCUCGUUAUGUUGAAUAUGACACUAAAUUACAGUUUGCUCAGAUAUGUCGAAAUGCAUUAAUAUCGCUAGCUGAAAAUGGCCAUUUUGUAUGUAAAAUAACCGAUGUAUACACUAGAUUUACUGCUGGAAUAAUCUAUUUACUCUAUAAAACAUUUAAAAGUGUUAAUUUAUGGAAAACAUUCACAUUAAAUCCAACUCAACCUGAUCGUUUUCUUAUAUGUCAAGGUUUUGUCUCUUCUAAAUGCAAAGGUUUUAUCGAUCAUUUAGAUAAUAUUAUUUCAUUAUUAAGGGGUGGUAAAGGCGAUCUUCUUGAAAUUGUUUCUAUCACUUGUUUAUUAGAACGACAAUUUCAAACGUAUUUGGCUGAUUCAGCUCAAGAAUUAAUUAAGCGAGAGAUAGCAGCAUUAAGGAAAUUAUUAUGGUACCAUAAAAAUGAUAAACUAUCAUGUAUGAGUGUUGAUAAAUAUCUAUCGGAUGCAGCUAAACUAUUGAAUAGAACACGGAGAGCAGUAGUAGAACCAGAUGAAGGUAUUAAAUUGCCUGAAGGUUGGUCAAAGCAGUUCAGUGAAAAACAACAACUAUUCUAUUAUUUUAAUUCUAAUACUGGAGAAUCAAUCUGGGAAUCGGAUUGGAAGCACUAG